ACAGUGCGUCGUCGUCGACACAAGAUGGAGGGAGACGAAGCACGGCUGGACAGAGGCUCCUGGUUUUAGCGAGUUUUCACUACGUCAAACACAGUGACGCAGUGCGGACCGGCGUCUUCAGGAGUCCUGCAGCGCAGGCCGUCGCCUUCAUCAGCAUUCAUGAAGCACGGGCCACCGCCUCAGUUGGCAAGAGCUGGAUGUUGGGUGUCGUGGUCAUGGUGUGCAGCCGUACUGGUGCUGAUGGUGGUGAAGGUGGUGGCAGACAAAAGGCCAUUUCCUCCCGGUUCUCCAUCUCAAGUACUGCCAGCACCGCCACCACCAGCAGGAGCCCAGCAGGCAGGGGAGGACGGUGCUUGGUCAGAGUUCCUGCAUAUUAGCGUGACGUCGUCUCCUCACCUUUUACUCAUCACCGUUAACGGUGAAGUGGUGGAGGAGGUGACCACGACGAGAGCCAACAUCAGCACCAGCAGGCUGGAAUACACGCCCUGGGAACUCUCCUCUGGUAUCCAUCUACUUGUUCUUCACCCUACUGACGGUCGUCUCAUGAUGCGACGGAUCCUGACGACGGCGCUGUUCGGGUCAGUCCACGAAGUGCCGAGCGUUCUCAGCUCCCUCACGCCGGGUCACGUGGUCGUCAUGGCGAUCAAGAACGAUGCCGCUCAACACCUGACGCCCCUGGCGCGGAGAUUGUUGGCGAGGGUGGGGGUGCGGUCAAGCCUCAGCCUGCACCUGCGGGAGUCCCUGGCCUGGGUAGGAACUCUGGCAGGACCUGUGUGGGGGGAGGCCAGGACAAUGGGGGCCUUCGAGGAGGUGGUCGGCAUCGUCGAUUGGGCCUCUGGCGUCACGCUCGACCUCAUGGUACCUCGAGUAGUUCAUGAUGACUCCUGUCUGACGGAGGACGACGCGGGCGAGGCGGCCAGGACGGCCUUCUGUAGGCUAUAUGAUGGCUACGGUGACUUGUGUUAUUGUCCCCGCCCCGCCCCCUUGACCUUCCACGCCCCCGAGUUAGAGGGCAGCACCAUACUGGACGUGCCUCUCCUGGUGCUAGCUAGCAACCGCCCCACCUACCUCUACAGGAGCCUGGUGACGCUACUGCGGCAGCCGGGAGGAACUCUGGCGAGGAUCCUGGUGCUGGUGGAUGGGCACCAUCAGGAGGUGGCCGACCUACUCUCGCUCCUCCAGGUGCAAUACGAGGAGCAAAGUUCUGUGGGUGUCAGUAUUGGCGCCAAAAUCUCAGACCACUACCGUCACGCCCUCACCGUCGCCUUCAGACGCUUUCCAAAUGCUUCCAAGGUCAUACUGAUGGAGGAGGACUUGCUCGCCUCGCCAGACUUCUUCAGUUACUUUAACCAGACAGCGAGGGUGCUGGAGGUGGACCCGUCUGUGUGCUGUGUGAGUGGCUGGAGUGAUCUGGGACACCUUCACUCGGCUCAUGACCCUCACCUCCUCCGCCGAGUUGAGGUCGUUGCUGGCCUGGGAUGGAUGCUCUCCCGGGACACCGCCAUGGCUCUCUUACGCAGGUGGCCCUCCCAUAAUGAGGACCACGACUGGGACAUCUGGGUGCGUCAUCCCGGGGUGCUAGGGGGCAGGGAAUGUGUCGUUCCAGACGUCAGUCGCACCUUCCACAUCGGCCUAAUGGGUUCCCACGCUGCUGGUCUCCUCCACACCGCCUUCUUCGCCAACAAGCCCAUCCCGGCCCAAGCACAUUUCCCUCUCCAGGGCGUCCACAGGCUAACGGAGAUGGAGUACGAGGAGGAUAUUUACCAGGUGUUGGAGGGCGACCCAUACGUCCUCCACUCUCGCAUACACCCGUGCCACCCUGACUACCUCCCUCGUAACCUUACGGACCGGCCUGUGGUCGUGUUCAUAGAGAUGUCCGCCCCGGGGGACUACUACGCCUGGCAGGUCCUCGCGCGGUGCCUGGGACUGUGGGACCUGGAUACCCGGGCUCACCACCGGGGGCUCUUCAGGUUUUACUUCUACGAGACGGAGGUGCUGGUGGUCGGGUUCCCCUUUAGUGACUACAGCUACCUGAAGCCUCCCGGGGCGCCCCUGUUGGCGGUGAACACCAGUAAGGAGCUCAGCGCCCUCGACCUCAUCCCCCUCACCCACCGUAUUCGCUUCAGGAGGCCCGAGCUGGAGCUCUUUGUGCCCUACCACGUGCUGCCGGUCCCUAACCUCUGACCCGUGUCUGCUUCAGGAGCCCGGAGCUGGCGCACCUGGUGCUCUAUCAGGUUCUUGUCUGGAUCCUCGUCUUGGGUGACUUCACGGUCUCCGAACAGUAAUAUAGGUAUAUAUAUAUGCAUAUAUAUAUAUAUAUAUAUAUAUAUAUAU